CAUUUUAGUCGGCUGCACAUGCACGUCAGCAUGGAGUUGUGACCGAGCUUCCUGACCAAACGGUAUUUUCAUUUAAGUUUUGAUGUCGAAGGAGGAGGCAUGGAACACCCAGCCUGUAUUUUGGAGGAUUUGAAGCAGUUUGUCGUUAACGAUGCCCCACCAACAGUGUAUUACCUCCCAGAUUUCAUAUCGGAAGACGAGGAGUCUUAUCUGCAACAGCAGGUGUACAAGUCUCCCAAAACUAAAUGGACUCAGCUGUCAGGUCGAAGGCUUCAGAACUGGGGAGGGUUACCACACCCCAAAGGAAUGCUGGCAGAGAAGAUGCCCGACUGGCUCCACACAUACUGUGGGAAAAUUUCCUCUUUGGGUGCAUUCAGCGGGAAAACCGCCAAUCAUGUGUUGGUGAACGAGUAUAAAGCAGGAGAGGGCAUUAUGCCUCAUGAGGACGGCCCUCUGUACCACCCUACCGUCACCACCAUCAGUCUGGGCUCGCACACCCUCCUCGACUUCUACGCGCCCGUCAGCAUCCGGGAGGGCGACGCCCCGCAGACCGAGGAGAACCGCUUCCUCUUGUCCCUGCUGGUCAAGCCUCGAAGUCUCCUGAUCCUGCAGGAUGAAAUGUACCAGCGGCUCCUUCACGGCAUCCAGCCCCGUGCUCAGGACGCGCUGACGGACAAGGUGGCAAACCUGUCCGCUGCCGGGGCCUCGCCAGGGGAGACGCUGACCCGGGGGACACGGGUGUCACUGACCGUACGACAUGUGCCCAAAGUUAUGAAGACGAAGCUUAUGCUGAGGAGGAAAUGAAGAAAGACUGCAUGAUGGCUUGAUCGUUUGUUAUGGUGCUACAUUUGUCAGCAGGAGGCUGCUCUUAAGUGUAUUUCACCCGUAAUCGAUCAUGAUUGAGCGGUGAUCUCACUGCUGUUAUUUUUAAGUUCAGGAUGUAUGUAGCAAGUAACUGCAGAAGAACAUUGAUGCCUUUUAAAUUUGGUGUUUUUAAUUGCUGAAUGACUUAUCAAAUUGUUAGAACUAUAAGAAAUGUUUGUUAAGUCUUGCAUUACGUACAUAAAAUUCACCAUUAUGUGUAGGCUUAUGCAUUGUUUACUUUAUGGAUGUAUUUAACGGCUACAAAUAAGAGUCUGCCGGAUGUAUAAGAAUGGCCCAAACAAGUGGUAGAUUUAUGAUUUUUCUAUUGGACUGGCAGAUAAGUAACAGUGAAGACAUGUUUUGAGUAAUUGAAACAUUGUUUUGACAUCAUGGCAUAGUUGGUUCUCAAGAGAACACUGACAAUUAGUUUUUUCAACUCUAAAAGGUUCUGCUCCAGUAUAUAAUAAUGGUCAAAACAGUCAGACAUUGUUUGCCAUUAACAAUAAACCCGUUUUACAACCAA